AUGCACGGUGUAAAAAGAAGACAAUGGACAAAAGAUCAGCUUAAGCAGAAAAAAGAAAAGGAUCGGAUGAAAAUCGACGUAUACAGCUCGCUGGUCAACUCAACGCUAGACCGUAGAGACAAAAAUGACCACAGCCUCACCGCUUUAGAAGACACAACAAAGUUGCUCGAUAUGAAUCCUGAGUUCAACACCAUGUGGAACUACAGAAGAGAUAUAAUCGCGAAGUUGAAAACCGAGUUACCACUACAAUUUUGGGAUAAGGAACUGAAAUUUAUCAUGGUUCAGUUGAAAAAGUUUCCUAAAGUGUACUGGAUCUGGAACCAUAGAAUUUGGGUUUUGAACAACUAUCCUGGAUCGCCCGCUUCUGUUUGGGAAAGAGAGCUUGAUAUAGUGAGUGCGUUGCUAGAAGUAGACGCCCGAAACUUUCAUGGCUGGCAUUACAGAAGGAUGGUCGUCGGCAAACUUGAAAAUAUAACUGGUAAAAGCAUGGAUGCCGGAGAGCUAGCUUACGCCUCAAAAAAAAUUAACAACAACAUAUCCAACUUUUCUGCGUGGCAUCAAAGAGUACAACUGAUAGACCGCAUGUUCGCUAAUGGUGAAAUCGAAGAUAGAAAAGAAUUUAUGGAGAAGGAAAUAAACUACCUAACCAACGCUAUGUUUACGGACGCCGAAGAUCAAUCUGUCUGGUUUUAUAUCAAUUGGUUUGUCAAUUAUCCUUUGGUUCAGAGUAUUUUGGGCAAAGAGCAGUACAUCAGAUUUUUGGAGAGUAUGACAACUAACAUCUUGAUGAUCAAUGACGACGACAUCGAAUUUUCAGGUUCUGACAAUAGCUGGUGUCUGAAGAUUUUGUUGGUAAUAGAACAAAGACAAAAGGAACUUUCGCCUGGGUUUGAAUCGCAUUCAGUCCAGUAUUUGGAGAAACUCGUCGUAAUGGAUCCUUUACGUAAAAACAGGUACCUCCACCUUUUAUCCAAACAGUGA